UCUGUACUCUCUAAUCCCCAUCUUUUGCAACUUCAAGAAUUUCAAAACCAUUCUCGUACUCAUUGAUGAUCAAACACUUCUCUCUCUCCUCCAUUUCUCACUAGAGUUUCUCUCUCUACCUUAUUUCUCUCACGUUCAUCUUCUCUGAGAGGAAAUUAAGAGAUGGCGGCGAGCGGAGUUGGAAACGGAGAGUUUAGCUUUGCUGCGAGCAACAAUGGGAGUGGCCGGAACGGGCUUUCGAAGAUUCAGACGAAGAAGCAGGACGAGGUGUGUCACGACGACAGUGGUCCGACGGUGAAGGCUCAGACCAUCGACGAGUUGCAUUCGCUCCAGAGGAAGAAAUCGGCGCCAACUACGCCUAUCAAGGGCACUCAGGGUGCUUUCGCCGCCAUUUCUGACGAAGAGCGCCAGAAACAGCAACUCCAGUCUAUCAGUGCAUCAUUGGCAUCUCUGACGAGAGAGACGGGACCGAAAGUGGUGAGAGGAGACCCAGCGAGGAAGACAGAAACUCCAAAAGUGUCAUCGCAUGUGGCUCAUGAUCACCACCAUUACACUCCAACUGGUCUCAACAUCAGUGACAGUGCCCUCAAGUUCACUCACAUCCUCUACAAUCUAUCCCCUGCUGAGCUUUAUGAGCAAGCCAUUAAGUACGAAAAAGGGUCAUUCAUAACAUCGAGUGGCGCCUUAGCCACACUCUCUGGUGCAAAGACAGGCCGGUCACCGAGAGACAAGCGCGUUGUCAAAGAUGAGACCACCACAGAUGAGCUUUGGUGGGGAAAGGGCUCACCCAAUAUUGAAAUGGACGAACACACUUUCUUGGUCAACAGAGAAAGAGCUGUGGAUUACUUGUGCUCCUUGGACAAGGUUUUUGUGAACGAUCAAUUUCUCAAUUGGGACCCGGAACACCGAAUCAAAGUCCGAAUUGUAUCUGCCAGGGCUUACCACUCCUUGUUCAUGCACAACAUGUGUAUCCGACCCACUCCUGAAGAGCUGGAGGAUUUUGGUACUCCAGACUUCACAAUAUACAAUGCCGGGCAAUUCCCUUGUAACCGUUACACCCAUUAUAUGACUUCCUCGACUAGCAUAGACCUCAAUCUUGCUAGGAGGGAAAUGGUCAUCCUCGGCACCCUGUAUGCCGGGGAAAUGAAGAAAGGUCUGUUCAGCGUAAUGCACUAUCUCAUGCCUAAGCGUCAAAUCCUCUCCCUACAUUCUGGCUGCAAUAUGGGGAAAGGUGGCGAUGUCGCCCUCUUCUUUGGACUAUCAGGUACCGGCAAGACAACACUGUCUACGGACCAUAAUAGGUAUCUAAUUGGAGAUGAUGAGCACUGCUGGAGCGAGAAUGGUGUGUCCAACAUUGAGGGUGGUUGCUACGCGAAGUGCAUUGAUCUGUCAAGGGAGAAGGAGCCUGAUAUCUGGAAUGCUAUCAAGUUCGGAACUGUUGUGGAAAAUGUGGUGUUUGAUGAGCACUAUCGAGAAGUGGAUUACUCCGACAAAUCUGUCACAGAGAAUACUCGGGCAGCAUAUCCAAUUGAGUACAUUCCCAACGCCAAAAUACCGUGUGUUGGUCCCCAUCCAAAGAAUGUCAUCCUUCUGGCUUGCGACGCAUUUGGUGUGCUGCCACCGGUCAGCAAGUUGAAUUUGGCCCAGACCAUGUACCAUUUCAUCAGUGGCUACACUGCUCUGGUGGCCGGAACAGAGGAUGGUAUAAAGGAGCCAACGGCGACAUUCUCAGCUUGCUUUGGUGCAGCUUUUAUAAUGCUUCAUCCUACCAAGUAUGCAGCCAUGCUAGCUGAAAAGAUGAAGAAGCACGGAGCUACCGGGUGGCUUGUAAACACUGGCUGGUCUGGCGGAAGCUAUGGAUCAGGCAGUCGUAUCAAGUUAGCUUACACACGGAAGAUCAUCGAUGCUAUACACUCGGGGUCUCUUCUGAGGGAAAACUACACCAACACUGAAGUGUUUGGGCUUGACAUCCCUACCCAAGUUGAGGGCGUACCUUCAGAAAUCCUGAAUCCGAUAAACACUUGGUCUGACAAGAAGGCCUACAACGACUCCUUAUUGAAGUUGGGAGGUCUGUUCAAGAAGAACUUCGAGAUAUUCGCGAACUAUAAGAUUGGAACAGACAGCAAGCUGACUGAGGAGAUCCUUGCAGCUGGUCCAAUUUUCUGAUAAAAUAAGAGGGGUGGUGAUUUGAUGGGGAGAGAAUGAAACAGAGAAAUAAGAUGGUUAUAUAUACCUAUUAUGUAAUUAUUCAUAUGGAUCAAUUCUAUAUGUUAUUUGUUUCCACAAGCAACCUUUGUUUCCAGAUACAAGGAAGCAGGCUUGAAAUGCUUGAUGAGAGUUUGGGUUUUUAUUUUCUUGAGUCAGUGGAGACUGGAGACAGCUUCAAAUUGUAAUAUUAUUCAGUUGAUUUCUAAUAAUAUUUUCCUUAAUAUUACAUCA